GGCAUCUCCCAAUGUCUGCUGAAUAAGCUCUGGAGAUUCACAGAAUCACCGUGAGAGGAUGGCUGCAAAGUGGAUGUUCCAUUUUCUUUGGCCUCUGGCUGUUCUGGUGAGAUGCACAGGUGGCCACAGCCUGUUCUCAUGUGAACCCAUCAUCCUGAGGAUGUGCCAGGACCUUCCUUACAAUACCACAUUCAUGCCUAAUCUUCUGAACCAUUAUGAUCAGCAGACAGCAGCUCUAGCAAUGGAGCCAUUCCAUCCAAUGGUGAACCUGGAAUGUUCCCGUGAUUUUCGGCCAUUUUUGUGUGCUCUAUAUGCUCCUGUUUGCAUGGAGUAUGGUAGAGUUACCCUCCCUUGUCGCAGGAUUUGUCAACGAGCUUAUACAGAAUGCUCAAAACUCAUGGAGAUGUUUGGUGUGUCUUGGCCAGAGGAUAUGGAAUGCAGUAGGUUCCCAGAUUGUGAUGAGCCUUACCCCCGUCCCAUCGAUCUCAGUGUAGUUGGAGAGCCAACAGAAGAGGUGCUGGUAGCAGUGCAAAGGGACUAUGGCUUCUGGUGCCCCCGAGAGUUAAAAAUAGAUCCUGAUUUGGGUUACACAUUCCUGAGGGUACGAGACUGCUCCCCCCCAUGUCCAAAUAUGUAUUUUAGGCGUGAAGAGCUCUCUUUUGCACGAUACUUCAUUGGCGUGAUCUCCAUUGUCUGCCUUUCAGCCACCUUAUUUACUUUCUUGACUUUUCUGAUUGACGUCACGAGAUUUCGCUACCCAGAAAGGCCUAUAAUAUUCUAUGCUGUCUGCUACAUGAUGGUAUCUCUCAUUUUCUUCAUUGGCUUUUUGCUAGAAGACCGCGUUUCCUGCAAUCCCUCUAGCCCCAAUGUGUACAAGGCUUCCACAGUGACACAGGGCUCUCACAACAAAGCUUGCACCAUGCUUUUUAUGGUGCUCUAUUUCUUUACCAUGGCUGGGAGUGUCUGGUGGGUGAUUCUUACUAUAACUUGGUUCUUGGCAGCUGUGCCAAAGUGGGGCAGCGAAGCCAUUGAGAAGAAAGCCCUGCUUUUCCAUGCUAGUGCGUGGGGUAUCCCAGGAACCCUCACCAUCAUCCUUCUAGCUAUGAAUAAAAUCGAAGGUGACAACAUUAGUGGCGUAUGUUUUGUUGGCCUCUAUGACGUGGAUUCUUUGAGAUACUUUGUUCUUGCUCCCCUCUGCCUGUAUGUGGUGGUUGGAGUCUCUCUGUUACUAGCUGGCAUUAUCUCCUUAAAUCGAGUACGCAUUGAAAUUCCUUUAGAGAAGGAGAACCAAGACAAGUUGGUGAAAUUCAUGAUCCGGAUUGGCAUCUUCAGUGUUCUCUACCUGGUACCACUCUUGGUUGUGAUCGGCUGCUAUUUCUAUGAGCAGGCUUACAGAGGUGUGUGGGAGACAACGUGGAUCCAAGAACGGUGCAAAGAAUAUCAUAUACCCUGCCCCUAUCAGGUCACCCAGAUGAGUCGCCCAGACCUGAUCCUCUUUCUGAUGAAAUACCUGAUGGCUCUUAUAGUGGGGAUCCCAUCAGUCUUCUGGGUUGGAAGUAAAAAGACCUGUUUUGAGUGGGCCAGCUUUUUUCAUGGUCGCAGGAAAAAAGAAGUUGUGAAUGAGAGCCGGCAAGUGCUGCAGGAGCCUGACUUUGCUCAGUCUCUGCUGCGAGACCCCAACACACCCAUAAUUCGCAAAUCUAGAGGCACCUCCACUCAAGGGACCUCUACUCAUGCUUCCUCUACCCAGCUUGCUAUGAUGGAUGACCAGCGAAGCAAAGCGGGCAGUGUCCACAGCAAAGUCAGUAGCUACCAUGGCAGUUUGCAUAGGUCACGAGAUGGCAGGUAUACCCCCUGCAGUUACCGAGGGCUUGAAGAUAGACUACCUCACGGCAGUAUGUCCCGACUGACUGACCACUCCAGGCACAGCAGUUCCCACCGGCUCAACGAUCAGUCACGUCACAGCAGCACCAGGGACCUCAGUGGCAAUCCAGUGACUCACAUAACACAUGGCACAAGCAUGAACCGGGUUAUAGAAGAGGAUGGCACUAGUGCUUGA